AUCCGCCCUGUAUUUGGCCGUCUCGUCAUUACUCUUAUAGACGCCUUGAGGGCAGAUUUCAUAUAUGGUAAGCGCAAUCAGGAAGACAUGCCGUACACCAGGGAGCUUCUUGAUGGGGGAUGGACGAGGAGUUUCUUGGCUAGAGCUCAUCCUCCAACAGUCACAAUGCCAAGAAUUAAGGCGUUGACAUCCGGGACCAUUCCAGGUUUCAUUGACAUCGUUUUGAAUCUGGACUCGUCAACUUUAGCGGAGGAUAAUCUAAUCUCACAGAUGCAUCGUCAAGACAAGAAGCUCUUCUUUUAUGGGGACGAUACAUGGAUGCGUUUGUUCCCGGGACAUUUCACUGAAGCUGACGGCACAACAUCUUUCUUUGUCACCGACUACACUGAAGUUGAUAACAAUGUGACAAGGCACGUCCAGCCAGCUUUAUCCAACCCUCAUUGGGACGCCUUGAUCCUUCACUACCUUGGUCUGGAUCACAUCGGGCAUCUCGGUGGGCCUACUAGCCCUCUUGUCUCCCCUAAACUACAGGAGAUGGAUGGUGUGAUCAGAAACAUCCAUCAAGCAUUGAUAGAACAGGAUAAAUCUUUGUCACUACCGAGUCUGAUAGUACUAUGUGGUGAUCAUGGUAUGAGUGAUGCAGGUAGUCAUGGUGGUGCAUCGGCAAGUGAGACUAUUACACCUCUAGUCUUCAUCAGCUCAGCAUUCAAGCAAGAUCAAGAAACCCCAGUGCCACACCCAGAAGAGGUGCAGCAGAUUGACUUAGCCCCAACCCUGGCUAUCCUCUUAGGACUUCCCAUCCCUCAGAACAGCUUGGGUCAGGCCAUCCCUGCCAUGCUAGAGGGGAGCCUCUCUCCUCGGGAGCAGUUGAGGGCGCUACAGCUGAAUAGCUACCAACUGAGUCGGGUGUUGGAACAGAACAUAGAUUCGUUUGAAUCAGAUAUUGCUUACUCAAUGUAUCAGCAUGCUUUACGUCUGCAUGCCACGUGGCUAUCACAUACACCUAAUAGCUCCACCCGCUAUGCACAGAGCCUAUUUGACAAAGCCGCUGGGCAGUACCUGAAAGCCAUGGGUUCUAUGAGGAACAAGGUAGCUUCAUCACUUUCGCGAUAUGACCUACAUGCCAUGGGCUGUGGGGUGGUGCUGUUAUGGCAGGUUCUAUUCCUGCUAUGCUACAGCGCUUCCUCACCUGGCACUCAGCCUUCACUGACCCCUGACCUCAAGCCUUCACUCUUGCUUCUGAUUGGCUGUUGCCUAGCAGCGGGAAUCACCCAGAUUGCACUAUGCACAGCAGCGGGUGGGGAGACCAGUGAACUGCUCUGCAUACCAACCAUUGGGGCCGGAACGCUACCACUACUUCUUAUAGUGACAGGGGGAUCACUGGCGGCCAUUUUGGUGUCAACUGGAGGAGGUCUUAAAUGGCGUCAGACGAUAAAUAAAAAUUUUCAGAGCCUGUCAUGGUGUGAGAUUUUCCUAUUAAUAGGAACAGUGUUCCAUACCCUAACAUUUGCUGCUAGCAGCUUCAUUGAGGAAGAGCACCAAACGUGGUACUUCCUAACUCUCACUCUCCUAUUGGCUAUCUUCAUCUAUGUAACAAGCGCUGCUAUUGGUCAAUCUGUGGACAAGAUGGCCGCAAGGGUUGCUAUGGCGGUGGCAGCAGCUCUGGUUAUUUGUCGGUUGCUGAGGGCGUGGAAUCAGACCGGGAUGAAGUGGGCGGAUAGGCCGGACAUUGGAGAUUGGUUUGUCAGACCAGAGAACAAGACGAGUCUUUCCAUCUUGACUAUGGCUAGUUUCAUGAUCAUAUACAUCCUACGCUGCUUCAAAAGACCAAACUAUAGACUUCUAGUAGCUCUGGUUGGGGCUUAUCUCUAUCGCUAUGCAACAGGAUCUGUGGACUUGCCAGUGUCACUGCCAACCUCUCAAAAAGGACUCCAUGAAGCAAGGCUGGUGUACCUUUUGGUGUUUGUCUCCUUGGCUGGAGUUUCUCUGAGUUAUGGAAGGCAAUUUUACAUCGCCCAUAACCAGAAUACAAACCAAGAAAAUAGUCACAAAAACUCUCGCAAAUCGGACAUGAAAACGGCAGAUGUGUUUCGUUUUGGACAAGUUUUUGAUGAACUAUACGACAUUCACAUUAUGUUGGUGGCGCUGUUGCUGAGACCUCACAAUAGCGCUGUGGCAGCCAUGUUAGUUGUGCUUCAUUAUUGCAUUGUGGGAGUAGUGUUACCAUGGUUACAGAUGAGAGCAUGGGCAGUGGCCCUGGUGCAUGUAUGGAUGGGACAAGCUUCUUUCUUUGCUCAGGGUAAUUCCAAUAGUAUUGCAACAGUAGAUAUAUCAGCAGGGUACGUUGGUAUGAGCUCAUAUGUACACUCUGUGGCUGGUUUGUUAACGUGUAUCUCAACCUAUGCUGGGCCUAUACUAUGGAUGCUCAGUCUAUUUGCCUAUACAGCUAAACAUCAUUCACAAAGAUAUAGAUCUGCCAUACUGGAAGUCACCCACACACUAGCCUUGACUCGAGCCCUACCUCUAGCCUUUUACACCGUGCUAGUCUCUUUCCAGCGGUAUCAUCUAUUCGUCUGGAGUGUAUUUUCACCAAAGCUACUCUAUGACACGAUGCAUACAUAUGUAGUUACUGCAGGCAUUGCAGUGUUGUUGGUUCAUUUGGGAAUUAUAAAGUGGUUAACGCAUCACAAGAUGAGCAAGACUUCAUAACAACAGAGGCACUGGUCCUUGCCUUGGUGCCCCUCGAAUGUUCCAAUAGAGGUUUACAACUUUCCUCAUAUAGGGGCCCUGAAUUGCCCCAUCACAACGAACUCGUUUGCACUAAGUUCAGAAAAAAUGUAAACGGAGUGAACGUAGUGAACGUAAUAGCAACUUUUUACGGUCUGGAUAUAAACUUCAUGGGUGGGCUCGGACCGGUUUGAUCAGGAGUGGUGCUUCAAAACUUUGAGCAUGCCCAAGAUUUGUGGGCGUCCAUCUCGUCUGGCAGUUUGACAAAGUACGAGGAUGUACUACGAACGUAAUUGCCGUACUUGGAUUGUACUAGGUACUAGACGACAUGGUGUGUUUGUGCAUUAAUUGGAUGCAAGUGUGCCACAGACACCGAGUCCGUUUGUAGCACGUUCAUCCUGUUCACAGACAUACCCAACUCUCAUUCUUAUACAUAACUUUGACCAGAUUUUAACUAACUAGGGUCACUCUUUAGACAUUGUCCGGCCAAAGCUAUCUGUUCCAGCCAGACAACAACCUUAAUGCCAUUAUACACUUUCGGAACAGAAACAAAAAUAAAAGUUCACAGAUUUACAAAUAACUUACAGGGUUUACAGA